AUGAGAUGGAAAGAGUUUUAUACAAACCCUGAAGUGGGAUAUAAACAACUCUAUGCAGAUGACGCGAACACAGGAGUUGACCCAGAAUAUGUUUUCUACCAGAGGAGAAAUAGAAUGUAUGAGCUCCAGUUAAAAAAUGCUAUGGAACUCAGAAGGAAACGUAAGAGACUAGGCGGACAUUAG